CUCCUAGGGAUGGUUCGGUUUACCUUAUUGUCAUGAUAAGCAUGCUCCCGGUUAGUAGCAAUGGUGGGGACUAUCCACGUGUACCACCUAUUUGUAAUACAACCAAACUGGUCACACCCCAAACUAAUUCCACUGGAACUAAUACAGUUUCACAAAGCAAAACACCUUCUCGAAGAGGUAGACGAUCAAGUAUUCCACCUGAAAUUAGAGAACAGACACGUCGACUGAAAAAACAAAAUAUGGAACGUAAACGACGUGCUCGUAUCUCUGAUAAGAUGAAUGCAUUGCAUAAUUUGGCGAUGAAUUUGAUUGGAGUUGAUCCUGUUGAAAGUUAUAAAGUUGAGAAGGCGGAUAUUUUGAAUUUAUGCUAUAGUGUAUUUGAACGAGUCGCGAAUAUUGCUAAAGAUAAACCCGAAUUACAAGUCCGUCUGAAGAAAUUACGUCAUAGUUUGAAUGAAGCAACAUCUUCCUCCUCCAUUACCUCGAACACCACCGGUAUCCCAUCAUCAUCUUUUUCAUCACCGUCUACAUCGAAGGUAAAGAUGAAUGAAUUGACCAAAUCCAUUGAGAAAACAACACACAAUUCCAUGUUUUUAAGUAAGUGUGACUGUUCAUUACAUACUCUCUCUGAAGAUAUGAAAUAUCCAGGACAGCAUUUAAACUUGACUACAACUACCUGCCCCUCCAAUACGCCACCAGUGUCAUCAAUAUCUUUUAACGUGCCACCUUGUACUAAUCCCCAACAAACGUUUGAUGAAGCUGACAAAGAGAAUAAAAUACCAAAGUUAAUCAUCAGACAUUCUUUAUCAUCAAAUAAAAAGUAUGCAACUACCAAUGUUACUGCUACCAACACAGUUACUAGCAAUACAUUUGAUUCACUAUCUAUCAACUCUGCUGUAAAAUGUUCUGCACCAUUCUCUCUUUGUUCAACUCCUGUGCAUAGUCUACCUUCAAGUAGUGAAAUACAUUCACAGAAUAAUAGUGGAACAGCUAUACAAUGUCGAUCGACACCUUUACAAUGUACUAAAACACUUAAUUCAUCAGUGGACAAUUCUGACAGUGGCUUUCAUAGCAUUGCUGACAGUCAUAAUAAUGAUAAUUAUUCAUUAGAGCUAACGCCUGAUAGAAUAAAUCAGUCAAGAGAUAUUGGUGGCAAUGCCAACCGAUGUUGUGGUGAAUCUUUAUUCUUGCACUUAUCAAACAGUAUCAAUUCCUCAGAUGAUUCACCCAUUAAUUCUACACAGCGUUUAUCAUCUUCAUCACUCUCAAGUUCAAGAGAACAUAAAUCAGCGUUUCAUAUACCUGCUUUUACCUUAACUCGACCUUCAAACGCUUCUUUUCUAUCCGGUCAUCUUCACAGACGACAACACUAUCAACAUAGCGCGAAUAGUAUUGAUUCUGCAGCUACUCUUCUUUCUCAGUCGGACGCUGUUACUUCGAGGACAUCAACAACACCGUCAGCUGUACAGUUAUGGAGGCCAUAUUUGGAUUGAAUCCGUUUGUCCCCACUGACGCAUAAAAUACCUUGUGUAUCGAAUUUACGACCACUUUCGUGUGGUAUGUAUGCUUACGAACACGUGUGUAGGUGAAUGAUUUGACCUCGGAUUUCAUCAGAUACUGCACAAACAAAAUUCUAUAGUUUAUUUAUUUAUUUUUCGGGGAAAGAAACAAUAUUUUUUGAAAUACUGUACAGAUAUUUUAUACUAGAAUUUUUUGAAUAAACAAAAUAGAAUAUUUAUUCAACCGGUUUUUUACAUAUGGACAUUACGGCGGUAUGGUAUGGUUUGAACUAGC